CUUUCCCGAAGUGACCCUUGCACCCUUCCCCUUCGUUCGGCCCGUCCCUGGCCGCUCUCGCUGGCCGCGACCCGCCCGCGAAGUGUCGACAUGGCCUCCCCAGGCCCUAGCAGCCUUACCGCGCGUCCUCAUCACACGGGUCGACUGCAUGGGAGGUCGCCCACGCUCGCCCGGGCCCCGCGCCGGUGCCGUUUUUUGUUGGCGCCGCCCCACGGCCGGGUCCGCGCCUCCCGGCCGCCGGCGCGGCCCCGUGAGGUGAGCCUCGAGUUCUCGAGCUUGAACCCCUACGUCCAGGCGCUCUGUGAGCACCGCAGGGAGAUCUCCGCUGGCCAGAAGGAGCUCGCGGACGAGGCCGUGGACUCCCUGGAGGUCCGGAUGGCGACGCAGCGGGCGAGUGCCCUGGCGACGCUGGAGGUCCCCGCCGGGGCCCCGCGGAGCGCGGCCGACGGCGCCGAGCCUGGCGAGCCGCUGUGCAGGCGGUGGCCGUGCGACGGCGCGUUCGACAGAGGCGGACAGCACACGGCCGUCGUCUCCAUCCUCGCGCCGGAGGAGAACGAGCAGUGCGGCUGCGCCUCCACUGGGAGCGCCGCGGCGGCGGCCCGGCCCGCGGGCGGCGCCCCCGCGCGGCUGCUGUGAGGGGCUCGGGCGCGGCGCGCGCGGUGGGCCGAGGAGCGCCCGCGGCUGCGCGGCCGGCGAGGGGGCGGCCGCCCGAAGAGAAGACCAGCAUACGGUUGGGGGGCCCACGCCAAGGAGCACCCUGCUCGCCUCUGGGGUGCCCCAGGUUUUUCCUGCGUUCCGAUGGUCUUGCCACGGAGAGCGUGACGCUCCCACGCCGA